AUGACUCAUGGCGCCAACAGUCUGGAAAAAGAGGACCGGGCUUUUGCUGAAAAGAUUGCCGUAAAGGCAGAUGCUAUGAUGAGAAUUCCGGAUAAUAUGACGUUCGAGGAGGCUGCGUUAAUGGGAUGUUUCAUCUUCACCGUUGGCCAGGGACUCUUCCGUAGACUCGGUCUCAGGCUUCCAAACUCGCGCACGGUUACCGGUGAGAUCGUGUUUAUCUAUGGAGGCAGCACCUCGGUAGGAGCCAUGGCGUUGCAACUAGUAAAGUUAGCCGGUUACAAUCCCAUUACCGUAUGCUCGCCAAACAAUUUCGAGCUUGUCAAGUCCUAUGGAGCCGGAGAGGUGUGGAAUUAUAAUGAUACAGAAUGCAUAGAAAACAUCAAGCAAUACGAGAAUAAAAUAGAUCGGACCUGGGACACAAUCUCCCUGGAGGCCUCAGCGAAUUUCUGUGCGAAAAUUCUGGCUCCCGGAGGCAAGUAUGGGAAAUUCCUUUCACCUAGGGAUGCGAACAAUAUCUAUGGUGCUAGAAUUCCUAGAGAGGACGCUGAGGUCAGCUACACAGCAGCUUACACUGCCCUUGGUGAUCCUGUAGAGAAGCUUGGGGUGAGGUUGGAUGAUAAUACAGCCGGUUUCGGAUUUCAUCAGGGAUGGGUUGCUGCCGUUGAGCCCCUGCUAGCAGCUGGGAAGAUCAAAUCACAUCCAUUGUGGAUUCGCAGUGGCUUUGAGGACAUAUUAGAUGGACUCGCACUCGUCAAAAGCGGCACAAUUAGUGGCAAGCUGGUAUACACUAUAUAA